AUUUUGUGGACGAAAGGAAUUCAUUGCUGGAAGUGGUCGGUCCGGAACUUCAGGCGAUAUACAACGAGAGGAAAAUUGAGGUUGAAAUCGUUGAUUUUCACUAUGGUGCCGACGAAAAGGAUUCAGCAGAAUGUCCUUCGUCGUUAAAAGAUAUUUUCUGUGAGAUUCAAAUUUGCCACGAUGUUUCCAAGGGAUGUUUUUUUAUAGGUCUGUUAUCCGAUUCAAAUCUCAAUACCGAUAAGAUCUUACCCGUUCGCAUAAAGGCACAACUUUUCCAUGAACUGAUCGAAAAUAUAAAAUUAAUACAUGAUAUUGGAAAGCUUCAGGAGCACGAAAAAUUUGAAGAAUUUGAUGAUAUUGACAGCGAUGUUGAUCUGGUGAAACAGUGGUACAUCAAAGAAGAUACUUUGUACAUAUUGAAAGAUUACAGCAAUGUUUCCUACGAAGAAUGGCAUCGAACGAAAUCAAAUUUAAUUCGAGCCUUGAAGAACAUCAUCGGUAUGAACUGCUGGAUUUUGCAAAAAAUCGAAGAUUUAAACAAAAGUGAUAAAUUAACAAGUUCUAGUGAUAAUUUUAGUAGUUUUAACUGUAAGUUUAGUAAUUUAUUGAAAAACAAGUGCACGUUUUUGAAAGACAUUAAGAUGUUGUUGAGAUCGACGAUGGAAGUUCUUUGCCUCAAUACGUUAG